AUGCGUGGACUUCAAGUCAAAGAACUCGCUCAUCAUUCCAAAAUCGAGCUCUCAUAUGAUGUUCCCGAGCCUACAGCUAAGGAAGGUGAAAUCCUCAUAGAUGUCUAUAGCGGAGGCCUCAAUUUCUUCGACAUCCUUCAAACUCAAGGGAAAUACCAGAUCAAGCCGCCGCUUCCCUUCGUCCUGGGCACAGAAUUCGCCGGGAAGGUAGCGCAGAACUCACCCAUUCCCCCAGGCUGUCCAUUCAAACCUGGAGACCGUGUCUUUGGUGCUGGGCAGGGUGCCUACGCUGACAAGAUGGUCGUGAAACUCGAUUCUGUCCUCCCUCUUCCGGAUGAAUUAACAUUCGAACAAGGCGCAGGUUUGUACAUUACAUGGCCCACAAGCUAUGAAGGACUGGUCGGUCGAGCCCAAAUGAAGCCAGAUGAAUGGGUAUUAAUCACCGCAGCAGCUGGUGGGGUGGGAAUAGCAGCGGUCCAGCUAGCAAAGGCGCUUGGGGGUAAGGUCAUUGCCGCAGCGGGUUCUCAGGAGAAGUUAGAGAUAGCCAGACGCUAUGGAGGCGCAGAUUAUGUCGUUGAUUACUCAAAGCCUGAUUGGCAGAAAGACGUUUUGAAGAUUACCAAUGGAGUUGGUGUGGACAUAGUCUUUGAUCCCGUGGGUUUAGUGCAGUCGUCAUUCAAGUGCCUAGCAUGGCGGGGCAGAGUGGUGGUAGUGGGAUUCGCUGCUGGCAGCAUCGAAAAGUUACCGUCGAAUCUCAUUCUCCUAAAGAAUAUAUCCGUUGUUGGCCUUCAUUGGGGAGCAUAUCGCAUCCACGAGAAGAAACAAAUUGCUGUAGUUUGGAAAGCCCUACUCGACCUAUUCUCGUCUGGAAAAGCGAAACCUGUAAUUUAUUCUGAAAUCUAUCCGCUGGAAAAGUUAUCGCAAGGAUUGGCUGCGUUGGAACAUAGGAAGACGUAUGGAAAGGUGGUUGUAACCAUUAGAAAGGACGAUAUGGCUACGGCUAAGCUAUAG